UGGAGGCCCCAGCGAGAUAUCCUCAGACGGAGGCUCCUGAGGACACCCCAUCCUGGGUCCGGAUCCUAGGAAAAACCUUGGAAGCUUUUGCCCGGCGCCGGCCUUGCAGGUGGUGCGAGGAAAAGCCAGAGCCGCCGUCCGGGACGAAAAGCCUGGGACCCGGAGGGAGGAAAGCCGAGGCCAAGUCCCCUUGUUCGAGCCUGGUGAUUCCGUACUGGUGAAGAAGCUGCAUCCUGACCAUCUCGAAGCCCGGUGGGAAGGACCAUACACCGUGAUUCUGAGUACGCCAACUGCUGCUAAGGUUGCCGGGAAACGACACUGGAUUCAUCAUACUCGCCUGAAGAAAUUUGUGGCGGACCCCCCGGAAAUAGAGAAUCUGAGGAAAUGGUGUGCCGUAGCCACCCCAGACCCAAUGAAGGUCCGCUUGGUCUCCUGCUAACUUGUGUGUGUGUUUUGCCUGGUGCACUUCUGUUUUACCUCUGCCACUGCCCAAGCUCACAUGCCUCCCACCCCCGAGUGUCCUCUCUGUAUGUAUGGGAGCUGAAAAACAAAGAGGGAAAGAUGGUCGCCAAUCAACUAACUGCCGGGCAGCCUAUAUUCACUCUUGAUCUGUGUGAUCUAUUUGAUGCCAACUGGACCAGGGUAAUCUAUGCCGGCCAGACUGCAACCGGAGGGACUACUAUAGAUGGGGGGUGUGGCUCCAUUGACCUGGAGGCUCGCCUUUGGGACAGACCCUAUUAUGUAUGUCCCAAAGAAGACAGCCCCACCAACUGCAGAGGAGAACCAUAUUUUUUCUGUGGGUUGUGGGGGGAAUGUCUGACAGCAUCUCCAGGGAGGGAUGGUGAUAAGCACCUGAAAGUCACAAGAGUGAUUCGACCAGGUGGCCCGACCGAACCAGGUACUUGCUAUAUUGGAGACUGUAACCCUGUGGAGGUGACGGUCAAAACUUGGAAUGAGACUGAUUCAUGGAUGAGAGGGAGAAUGUGGGGCAUUAAGAUUCCUUUUUCUGAAAAGGACUUUGGGACAUUAUUCACUAUUCAACUGCGGAUGCUGCCAUGGACUCAGAAUCCUAUUGGGCCCUUGAGACCCAUCAUUUUAGGAGAAGACCCCCGACCUACUCUCUCCCCCUCUCUACGGAUGGGUGAAGAGAAUGAGACUAAUGGGGAUCAGACUGACAUUGCACCAAGUGGCACUAAACUGACUGACACAGAACCUUUGCAUCCCAGGGUGAAGCCACUAGUGAAAACUGUAGAAUUAAUGUAUUACCUUUUGAAUGAGUCUGACCCUAACAUAACCAGAAACUGCUGGCUGUGUUUACACCCUGAGCCUCCUUAUUACAUAGGUGUGGCUGCCUCUGCAGGAAUAGGUAGCCAGAAGGGAGACAUAAGGAAGCUGGCUCUAUCCUCUAGCAACUCUAAGGGCCCAGAAUGUAAGUGGGGAGUACAGCCCCACAUGACACUGGGAGAUAUCCAGGGAACAGGAACUUGUAUUAUCACAGCCAACUAUAAAUUGGAAUCCUCCCCGUACAGGGGAAAUUGCAACCUAACCAUUAAAGUUAGUAAGACUCAAGAGUGGGCGACCCUCCUCAAAGCCCCUGAGGGGACUUGGUGGGCCUGUACUUCGGGCAUGACCCCCUGCAUCACCCCCUACGGAAUGACCAAAGAGGACCUCUGUGUUUUGGCCCAUAUCCUGCCCCAUGUAUACUAUUCCCAUGGCGAAGAAGGUUGGGCUCACCUUGAACGGCAAGGAACAGACUACCUCGGACCAAUAAGACGGAAACGUGUCGCGAUAGUAGUUCCUAUACUCGUGGGGACAGCCAUAGCAGGGACAGCGGCAAUGGGAGCUGCAGCCCUAGCUAAGGAGACUACUCUAGUACAGUUAGAUCAGCAGAUCAAUCAAGAUAUGGCCACACUAGAGGGCACUAUUGAAUCUCUCGAAGGGUCCCUAUCUUCGUUGGCCGAGGUGGUCCUGCAAAAUCGUAGGGGACUUGAUUUGUGA